AUGGGUGAAACCGUACUGCCUAACGUUGAGGAGACCGCUCCCCAAGAAACAGAACCCCCUAUAGGUGGUUUAAAUGGGCUAAGUACAUCUCAACAACAAAGGCAACAUCAGCCGACGAGCGACCGCGCCUCUCCGCCGCCGCUACACGCACCGCAUACCCUCUCCUUUUCAGAAGUUGCAGAGGCUCUACGCGUAGACUUCAACCAUGGACUCAGCAACGCUGAAGCAGAGAGUCGCCUCGGCCUCUAUGGACCUAACAAGGUUAAGGGAGCUGAGGGGCUUUCCAUGUGGAAGAUUCUCAUGAGGCAGAUCUCGAACAGUCUAACGUUCGUCCUGAUCAUCGUAAUGGCCAUCAGCUUUGGCAUUGAUGAUUACAUCGAGGGCGGCGUCAUCACUGCAGUCAUCCUACUCAACAUCAUCGUUGGUUUCUGGCAAGACUAUCGUGCUGAAAAGACGAUCGAGUCUCUUAAGAAGCUCACUGCCCCCGAGGCUACUGUUACUCGUAAUGGCAUACCCGAUCAAAAGGUCAAGGCCACCGACCUUGUACCCGGUGAUAUCGUGCAACUCAACGUAGGAAGCAUUGUUCCUGCCGAUCUUCGUCUCAUCGAUGGCAUGAAUGCCUUCACCAACGAAGCUUUCCUUACAGGCGAAUCUCUUCCUGUCGAGAAGACCCCCGAGAAGAAGUUCGACGACGCCGAUAUCGCCACCGCCGACCGUACCAACCUCGCCUUCUCUGGAAGUGAGAUGACAUCUGGUCGAUGCCGUGGUAUUGUGGUCGCAACUGCUAUGGACACUGAAGUAGGCCAGAUUGCUACCAUGCUUCGUCAAAAGAAGGACGACAAAGCGCAAUCUCAAGGCUUCUUCGCCAAGCUUGUAUGGCGAUUUGUGAACGGCUUGAAGACUAUUCUCGGUCUGGUUGGAACACCACUCCAGAUCACGCUCAGCAAGUUUGCCCUCUUGCUCUUCGGUCUCGCCAUAUUCCUUGCUAUCAUUGUCUUCUCGGCAAGCAAAUGGGUAAUUGGAGGCGAAGUCCUCAUCUACGGUAUCUGUGUGGCCGUCGCGGUCAUCCCAGAAUCUCUCAUCGCCGUGCUUACCAUCACCAUCGCCGUCGGUGGUAAGGCUAUGGCCAAGGCCAAUGUCAUCACCAGAGUCCAGUCUGCCAUCGAAGCUGUCGGUGGCGUCACGAACAUCUGUUCUGACAAGACUGGUACACUCACACAGGGUCGCAUGGUCUCGAAGAAGGCCCUCAUUCCAGGUGUCGGUACCUUCUCCGUGGACGGUAUCACCGACCCUUACAACCCAGGAAGCGGCCAAGUCAGCCUCGAUGGCCAGGUUCUUGCACUUGAGGCCUACCGACCUGACACUGUACUCGCUCGCUUCCUUCGCACCAUCGCUCUCUGCAACAAUUCCAAGGUCCUGCCUGCGAACGACGGCGACCUGGAGACACGCAGUGAGAAGAAGGAUGGUCUUGAUCGCUACUCCAACGACAACAAGAGCGAGACUGACGCUUCCACUAUCGAGUCCAUCUCACGCCCGCCCACUGCCAUCCUCAACAAUCCCAUGACGGGACCAUGGAAGGCUCACGGUGAGCCCACUGAGAUUGCUCUCCACGUCCUUGCUUCCCGCUUCGGUAUGGGCAAGGAGAACCUUCUGAACUCGCUCAACGUGUCUCUCGCCACCGAGUUCUCGUUCGAUUCCACGGUCAAGAAAAUGACCGUCGUCUACCGUGACAACUCCAACCAUAAUCUCGAUGUCUACACCAAGGGAGCCACCGAAUUCAUGCUUCCCGUCCUCAACGUUACCGAACAGGAGCGUGAAGGUAUUCUACAGGCUGCCGAGUCGAUGGCCAAUGAAGGUCUUCGUGUGCUGUGUAUCGCCCAAAAGACCCUCCUGCCUGGUACCGACAUCCACGAGCGUGCUGCAGUCGAGGCCAACCUCAACUACAUUGGUCUGGUCGCUAUCUAUGAUCCGCCUCGCCUAGAGACCAAAGGUGCUGUUCGCGAAUGUAAGGUUGCUGGUAUCACCGUGCACAUGCUCACUGGUGAUCACCCGGGUACUGCUCGAGCUAUCGCUCGCGACGUCGACAUCAUUAAUGACUCUACUCCCGCUUCCGCUGUCAUGAUUGCUCGCGAUUUCGACGAUAUGAGUGAAGACCAGAUCGACGCUAUGGAAACUCUCCCUCUUGUCAUCGCCAGAUGUAGUCCCAAGACCAAGGUCAAAAUGGUCCAGGCUCUCCAUCGCAGGCGGCGCUUCUGCGUCAUGACCGGUGACGGUGUCAACGACUCACCUGCCCUCAAGCAAGCUAAUGUCGGUAUGGCCAUGGGUUCUGGCAGCGAUGUCGCCAAGGAUGCCGCUGAGAUGAUUCUGACUGACGAUAACUUCGCUUCCAUCGUCAAGGCGGUUGAGGAAGGUCGCCGUCUCUUCGACAACAUCCAGAAAUUCUUGAUGCAUCUCCUCAUCUCCAACAUUGCCCAGGUCAUCCUUCUCCUAAUCGGUCUUGCCUUCAAGGACAAUGAUAACCACUCUGUCUUCCCCUUGUCGCCUAUCGAGAUUCUUUGGGUCAACCUCAUCACCUCCUCAUUCCUCGCCAUUGGUCUUGGUCUUGAAGAGAAGCAGGAAGACAGCAUGUACCGCCCACCUCAAGACGUCAAGGCUGGUGUCUUCUCCAAGGAACUCAUCACCGAUAAGUUCAUCUAUGGUUUCUUCAUGGGUGCUCUUUGUCUCUUCUCGUUCGCCAUCGUUGCCUACGUCGGCCCCGGUGGUGGCAACCUCGGCUCUGGCUGCAAUGAAGGCUUCAACGACACUUGCGACGUUGUGUUCCGCGCUCGCGCUACAACAUAUACCACCAUCACUCUCUUGCUGCUCGUCACAGCUUGGGAGGUCAAGCACUUCGCGCGCUCGCUGUUCAACAUGUAUCCCAACACCGACCAGAAUGUGCCGCGUGGCCUGUCCGUCUUCCCCACGCUCUGGCGCAACCGCUUCCUUUUCUUCGCCGUCAUCGCGGGCCUCGUCAUGAUGUUCCCGAUCGUUUACAUCCCUAUCAUCAACGAAAAGGUCUUCAAGCACGGUGCCAUCACCUGGGAGUGGGGCGUCAGCUUCGGCUGUGUUGUCCUCUACAUCUCGGCCAUUGAGAUUUGGAAAAUGAUCAAGCGUCGCUUUGGCAUCUGGUCUGGUGCGCAUAAGGUCAUCUCGAGGGAGGAUGCUGAGGCUAGGGCGGGGCUGGAUGUUGUCCCAGUGCAGAUGAUGGGUGAGAAAUAA